AUGACCGACUUCGCAGAAUCAGCACUGGCAGCUUCGGUGUCAAGUCCUCCAUCUCCGCCCGCAGAUCAUGGAGUUUCAGGACAUGAUGGAGACAACAAAUUCCAAAAGGCAAUAUCGGCGUGGAGGACUAUCGACCUUACCUCCAUGAUACCGUCCCUUGACAAUACCGCAUCAGAAAUCGUUCAAUAUCAGAGGGACUCAACCGUGCAGCGCAAGGAACUGGCACAGAAGACGAAGGAUUUCCGGAAGUUGGAUGACCCAAGCAAGCUAUCUGAAAUCAAAGGAUUACUGAAAGCAUAUCAGACUUUCAUAGAUCUUCUCACAAACCACACUAAAUCUACGAAUUCAGCCUUUCUACAAGUAUACUCAUCUUUAUCCGAGGCUCCAGAUCCAUAUCCUUUGCUGGAAGCAUCUGUCGAUUCCCUACUGCUAUCCGAGGACACACUUCCUAAAAUCACACAAGAAAAUGAACAUCUUCAGAAGAGUGUUAGUAAACUUACGACUCAAUUGGAGGAUACGGAAUCUAGAUUAGAAGCGGAAAGAAUUACGCGCAAGAAUCUGGAGGCAGGUCUAGAAACAAAAGUCAAAGAUGUCGAAAUUUCUUGGGCCGCUGUGUUGGAAGAGAAGAAGGACAAUUGGGAAGCAAAGGAGAAGUCAUUAGAUGAAAAAGUGGAAAACCAGGAUCGCUUAUUGAAUGAGAUCAAGGCGAGCUACGAGGUCAACCAGCGCCUAGGACAGUCCGAGAAUGCAGAUAUGGAUGGAAAUCGCGGACAUGUUACGAGUGCGGAAUUGGAGAUGGUCACAUCCGAUUUGGAACGCACGAGCGUCCGUUUAGCAGAAGUCGAAGCUCGAAAUGAGCAAUUACGAAUAGAAUUGGCUCAGUCUGCUUCUCAAGUUCCAACUCAGCCAGCAUUGGCUUUGGAAGAUGAACCCGCCUACUUGCGCUUGAGAUCGGAAAAUUCUUCGUUGUUGAGGAAAUUAGACGCAGCAAGAGUGGAAAGGGAUGCCAGGAAGCGAGAUCUUGAUACAAAGCUUCGAAGUUUGGAGAGGGAAAUUGGGUUACUCAACGAAGAACGCGAUUCACUGAAGACUAAAGUCCAAAGAUGGAGCGAUUAUGAAGACGUGAAGCAAGAACUGGAAGUCUUGAAGAGUAUCGAGUUUUCUAUGGGAGACGAUGAUGAAACGCAAGAUAUCGGUGCUGAUUCCAGUACUCAAGAGCCGACAGAAAAUGGAUCAUCAGGAAAAGCAAAAGGGGACACCCUAGAGCAGCUGCUUCUUGCCCGGAAUAAGAAAUUGAGCGAUGAACUCACAAUAUUGAGAGUUUCUCAUCAAGAUCUUCAGAGUCGCCUACAAACCAUGCAGGAAACUCUUUCAACUACCAAUGCUGAUUUGGAGAAGGCGCAAACUUUGGUCACCACAUUGGAGAAUGACCUGACAAAUAUGCAAAACGGGGCGAGCGCCUACCCUUCUGCUCCUUCCGUAGCUGGAACGUAUUCAAGCCGUUACCCUCAAUCAGCCAUCGGCCAAUUUGCGUCGAGGAACCGUAAGAUAUCUCCCACAUCUUCAAUCAUAUCUGGAUUUGAUCCCAGAACACCAGCAGGCAGCACGCCUAUGGAUAUUCUUAGAUCAGGCGAACCUGUAGGUGGGGGUUCGGGUAUUCUUCCCAUGAUUACGGCUCAGCGUGAUCGAUUCAAGAAACGCAACUCGGAAUUAGAGAAUGAGCUUUCCGAAAGUCAUCGCACAGUUUCAACGCUAAGGCAAGAAAUCUCUGCUUUGCAAAAGGAUAAUUUGAACCUGUAUGAAAAGACAAGAUAUGUGUCAACAUAUAAUCGAGCAGGCCCAACAGCUUCAUCAGCAUCAUCGUACGCUACCAACCCCAAUCCGUCGAUAGUCCAAAUCUCCUCAUCGACAUCCUCAGGUCUUGCCUUGAAUCGAUAUCGUUCGGCAUAUGAAUCCAACAUCUCGCCCUUCGCGGCAUUCCGUGGGCGAGAAUCAGCUCGCGCAUAUAAACGAAUGAGUUUACCCGAAAGAAUAGUAUUCUCAAUCACAAGAAUGGUAUUAGCGACCAGGACUAGCCGAAAUCUAUUCGCAGGUUAUUGCGUGGCCCUUCAUCUAAUGGUGUUCUUUUCGCUAUAUUGGUUAGGUAGUGUCGAUGUAGAUCAACAUGCGAGUCAUCUAGGUCAAGCGGCACUCGCAGCCGCCGGGGGUGCUAAAGGAGUAGUUGAACCAGGAACGGAUGCUAGGCAAGGUGAUUGGCAUCAGGAGGGAUUUAAUGGGAAGGUGUCUUGA